AUGAGAGUCAACAUUCUCGCCGCUCAGCUUCUUGCAGUCGCAUUUAGCACUGCGUUUCUCAUCACAGACGAAGGCGUUAGAUGCCGCAAUGGUCCAACAACAAGUCACGCCGUCCAGCGGCAAUUCGCCAAGGGUACCGAUGUGACUAUCACCUGCCAGACUGAGGGCACCAACAUUGAAGGCAACCCCCUCUGGGACAAGACGACAUUUGGAUGCUACGUCUCCGACUACUAUGUCGCUACAGGUUCAAGUGGGUACGUGACUUCGAAGUGCCGUUCGUGUAGAGCACCCAAGUCGAAUGCGGCGACUGUCAAUAUCAUCGCCAGCUUCGAGGGCUUCAGGCCCGAUGUUUACAAUGAUCCAACUGGCAAUCCGACGGUGGGGUAUGGUCAUCUUUGUGACGCGCCUCAGUGCAGUGAAGUCAAGUAUCCCAUUCCACUUUCUGUCGCGAAUGGGAAGAAACUGCUAGCAGAUGACAUGAAGGAGUUCGAAGUCUGUAUCACAGCCAUGUUGAACAGCAAAGCAAGGCUCAACAGGAACCAGUACGGCGCACUCAUCAGUUGGGCAUUCAAUAUGGGCUGCGGCGAUGCUGAAUCGUCCACGCUUGUUGGGCGUCUGAAUAACGGGGAGGAUCCCAACACCGUAAUCUCACAAGAGCUUCCUCAGUGGGUGUACGCCAGUGGCCAACGGCUCCCAGGCUUGGUUCGUCGACGAAAUGCGGAGAUUGAGCUGGCUCAGAAGCCGACCCGCCGCAGAGCUUUGCCGAAGAGAUGUUGA